AUGAAGUCAUCUCGUACGAUAUCAACAAAAUCGCUGCCCUCUGGGCCAUCCGCCACUUUCAGAUCGUCGUCGUUCUUUUUGAAAAAUGGUAAAAAUGCCGCAUUUCCCACGCCUUUGGAGAUAUUUGCAAGGAGCGCUGCUCAAGCACCAUCUUACCAAGACUGCAAGGAACGCCCACCAGUUCGGUUCGAAGAACUCGGCCUACUUGUGAAGUUCGGAAGCGAGCCGAAGGUUACCAUCGCCGAGGGACAGUGCCUCUGGGCAUUAUGGCACGCUUUGCCCAGCGUUCCAGUUCCUGAAAUAUACGGCUGGGCUCAGGACGGCAAUCUAACUUACCUGUUCAUGGAACUUGUAUCUGGCAUCACACUGGAGAAUAUGUGGUGCGCUCUAUCGCGCUUAGAGCGAACUCAGAUCUGUACAGAGCUACAAUUUAUGCUCAAGGAGCUACGCUCUCUUCGACAAGAAACGGGCCAGCACUUCCUUGGCCAUAUAAAUCGCGACCCACUCUCCGACAUAGUUUUUACGAAUGGUGCUCUGCCACGCGCUGGACCUUUCACAAGCGUGAAAGAGUUUCAUGACUGGCUUUCCGCAAUGUUGACAUCAGGGAAAGGUGAGCACUGGCCAGAUAUCGAACCCACUGAUAUACCUGAUCCAUACCGACAAUACCUACCGGACGACGCCGAUGUCGUUUUCACGCACUCCGACCUUCAUCCUAGCAAUAUUAUUAUAUCUCAGGAAAAGCCCCAUCGUGUCGUCUCCGUCAUAGACUGGCAGCAAUCUGGAUGGUAUCCAGACUAUUGGGAAUUCUGCAAAGCCGAAUAUACAGCUGAGCCAGACUCGGAGUGGGUGCAAGACUAUAUACCACAGUUUCUGAACCAGCCAGAAUGCGUGGAAGCCUUCGAGCUGUAUGCUCACGCUUUCGGCUUCUGA